AUGGAGUGGAUUACGAAGCGAAGGAAGGAAGAAAUCCUCUUUCAGCCCUCCCUUAUUCAAGACACCUUGAGUCAGGACAUCCUCAGUCCUGAUAACCCUAGUCAGGACCCCCUCAGUCAGGACAUCCUUAGUGAUGACCCCCUCAGCCAGGACCCCCUUAGUUACGCCCCCCUUAGGCAGGACAAGAGACACCCUCAGACACAUUCAGAGAAGACACCAUCAGUUAGGACACUCUCAGUCAGCACACCCUCAGUAGGGGCAUCCUCAGUCAGGACAUACUCAGUCAGGACAUCCUUAGCCAGGACAUCCUCAGUCAGGACGCUUACUCAGGACAUCCUCAGUCUGGACACUCUCAGUCAGGACACUCUCAGUCGGGACAUCCUCAGUCAGGACACUCUCAGUCAGGAUUCUCUCAGUCAGGACAUCCUCAGGCAGGACGCUCUCAUUCAGAACAGUCUCAGUCAGGACACCCUCAGACACAGGAAGCUUCGACAGGACAUCCUCAGUCAGGACACACUCAGUCAGGACACCCUCAGUCAAGACGCUCUCAGUCAGGAGAUCCUCAUCAGGGCAACCUCAGUCAGGACACCCAGUCAGGAUAUCCUCAGUCAGUACACCCUCAGUCAGGACGCUCUCAGUCAGGACGCUCUCAGUCAGGAUAUCCUCAGGCAGGACGCUCUCAGUCAGUUCACUCUCAGUCAGGACACUCUCACUCAGGACUCUCUCAGUCAGGACACCCUCAGUAACGGCAUCCUCAGUCGGGACAUGCUCAGUCAGGACACUCUCAGUCAGGACAUCCUCAGUCAGGACACCCUCAGUCAGGACACUCUCAGUCAGGAAACUCUCAGUCAGGACGCUCUCAGUCAGGGCAUCCUCAGUCAGGAAGUCCUCAGUCAGGACACCCUCAUCAGGACGCUUACUCAGGACAUCCUCAGUCAGGAGACUCUCAGUGAGGACACUCUCAGUCGGGACAUCCUCAGGCAGGACGCUCUCAUUCAGAACAGUCUCAGACAGGACAUCCUCAGUCAGGACACGCUCAGUCAGGACACGCUCAGUCAGGACAACCUAAGUCAGGAUACUCUCUGUCAGGACAUCCUCAGUCAGAACACCCUCAUUCAGGACACACUCAGUCAGGACACUCUCAGUCAGGACAUCCUCAGUCAGGACUCUCUCAGUCAGGACACUCUCAGUCAGGACAUCCUCAGUCAGGACAUCCUCAGUCAGGACUCUCUCAGUCAGGACACUCUCAGUCAGAACAUCCUCAGUCAGGACAUCCUCAGCCAGGACGCUCUGAGUCAGGAGACUCUCAGUUAUCAGGACACUCUCAGUGACGAUACUCUCUGUCAGGAUAUCCUCAGGCAGGACGCUCUCAGUCAGUUCACUCUCAGUAACGGCAUCCUCAGUCGGGACAUGCUCAGUCAGGACACUCUCAGUCAGGACAUCCUCAGUCAGGACACCCUCAGUCGGGACACUCUCAGUCAGGACACCCUCAGUAACGGCAUCCUUAGUCAGGACGCUCUCAGUCAGGGCAUCCUCAGUCAGGAAGUCCUCAGUCAGGACACCCUCAGUUAG